AGCGCGCGACAGUCGUUUGAAGAAGAGCGCUAUAAUUUGUCGACGCAAUGUCUAAAGAGGAUCUUUUAAAUGGCUUUGAUCAUAUGAUUUUGGACUAAACAGUCACAGAGUAAAAUCAAAAUCCACCUAUGGUAACGGCACAAAACAGUAUUCUUGUAUCGCAGGAUAUAUGACUAUUGUUUACAGCCUGAGAGAGGAAUGAACGAGGCGCAGUCGAUGCCGCAAGGACUUUCAGCAGCCUGGGACACAGUGACAUCUGUACUGGUGUCUCCUGUGCCACCAAAUGCUUCGACUGAUGAGGUUCUCUCUGAAACCUUGGCCCUGCUGGGUGUACAUGGACUGGGUCAGUAUGUGGAAGGUUGGCUGCUGGAGACUCUGCAGGUGCGUUUGACUACUUCUGUUGCUCCAGAGUUCUGGACGGGGCUCAAGCAGCCAGAGGGGGAGUCACAGGAGAGGGACAGGGCAAAGGCUUUACUAGAAGCCUUCAGAAACCUUCUCCAAGAGCUGCAACCUUUCCUUGAUGGUCUUGAGAGACUGGGCUCAUGGCAGGAUAAGAGCCGUGGAGGUCUGUCUGGUCCAGGGACCCGUGGUCUGACAGAGAGAGCUUUCUCUGUCAUUCGUGCCAUUCUUCUGUUCUCCCCUCCACCUGUGCUGCAAGAGCGUGUGUUGGAGUUUUACAGCCGCACUUUCUCCGUGCACAUGAGUCAGGCAGGGGAAGCUGUGGAGGCUGAGGAGGGCACAGCGGAUCAUGAUGAAGGUGGUUUGUGCCCGGGCUGUGCCGUCCUCCCUCACCUGUGUUGGUGUCAGGAAGCUCUAGAGCAGCUUCAAGAGCUCAGCCACAUACUCUCCACACUACAGCUGUUGGAGCGUGUGAGCUCAGAGGCCGUGACCAGCAUCCUGCACCAGCUGAUAGAGCAGAGGAUCAAGCAGCGCUGCAGGGGAGAAUACGAGAGCUCUUUUCUCACAGACUUCAAUGAUUGGUUGGGGCAGGUUUUGGGAUGGCUGAGCAGGGUGUUUGCCAGUAAGGUGGAAGAGGUAGGCAGUGAUGCCACACCUACAGAUGGCCAGCCAGCCAAUGCUCUCCUCCAGCGCUGGCACUGUCACAUGCACCAGUUCUUCUGCCGUAUCUACGUAAACAUGAGGAUCGAGGAGCUCUUCAGUAUCAUACGAGAUUUUCCAGAGUCCAUUCCUGCCAUUGAGGAUCUUAAGUUCUGUCUGCAACGGACCAAUCAGAGACAGCAGCUUCUUGCCUCCCUCAAAUCAGCCUUUGAAACACGACUGCUGCAUCCAGGAGUCCACACAUCUGACAUUAUCACUGUUUACAUCUCUGCCAUCAAAGCUCUAAGAGAGCUCGACCCCUCUAUGGUGAUCUUGCAAGUGGCCUGCCAACCCAUUCGCAGAUAUCUCAGAACGCGUGAGGACACUGUGCGUCAGAUAGUGGGCAGUCUGACGGGUGAUGCAGAGGGUUGUACUGAUCUAGCCAAUGAGCUCUCUCGAGCUGACCCUGUUACCUUGGAGACACAGGAUAGUGAAGAUGAGGGGAGUGAUCCAGAGGACUGGACCCCAGAUCCCACUGAUGCUCUCACAGAUAAAACUGGCUCUAAACGGCGCUCUUCUGACAUCAUCAGUCUGCUGGUCAGCAUUUAUGGAAGUAAAGAGAUCUUCAUUAAUGAGUACAAGACUGUACUGGCUGACCGACUUCUGCAUCAGCUCAACUACAACACAGCCAAAGAGAUUCGCAAUGUAGAGCUGCUGAAACUGAGGUUUGGCGAGUCCCACAUGCAUUACUGUGAGGUGAUGUUAAAGGAUGUAGCAGACUCUCGGCGGAUCAACGCUAAUAUUCGUGAGGAAGAGAGUCGUCUUCCUGUAGAGGAGCAGUCUACAUUACCGCUGUCUUCCAUGAUCAUCUCAUCUGAGUUCUGGCCCCAGCUGAAGGAGGAGAAGAUGGAACUGCCUGCAGUCGUCUCUAAAGCCAUGGAGGACUACACACACCGCUUUGAAAAACUCAAGGCAAUGAGGACUCUGAGGUGGAAGCCUCACCUGGGUUCUGUUACGCUGGAUUUGGAGCUGGAGAACAGAACCAUCGCAAACCUCACAGUGACUCCCAUCCAUGCUUCCGUCAUUUUACACUUCCAGGACAAAGGCACAUGGACUUUGGAAGAGCUGAGUAGUGUCCUAAGUGUGCCACAAGAGAUGGUGCGCAGGAAGUUGGCGCUGUGGCAGCAGCAGGGCGUGCUGCAGGAGGAAGCCGGAGGUCGAUAUACUGUUCAGGAGACAAGCUCUUGCAGAGAGAGAUCUGACAGAAGUGUCAUGCUCAUAGACAGUGAUGAGGAGGGAGACUCCAACACCGCAACACAGUCUGAGCAGAGAGAAGAGAAACUACAGCUGUUCUGGGCCUACAUUCAGGCCAUGCUGACUAACCUGGAGAGCAUGACUUUGGAGAGGAUCCACUCCAUGCUGCGAAUGUUUGUGGCUGCCGGAUCUGGGGUCACUGAGAUGGAUGUGAAUGAGCUGCAGGCUUUCCUGCAGAAGAAAGUCAGGGCCCACCAGCUUAUUGUGUCCACUGGUGUCUACAGGCUGCCCAAGACCACUCAGUAGUCAGAAACCAUUGAGUGGAGAUCAGAAAAACAAUAAUGAACUAUCUCAUAACUUGUGUCCCAAAACACAAAAUUAUCCUGGUUUGUUCAUUGUGCAAAAUAAUAAAACGACAAAUUUGGUAAUCAAAUCUUUGGAAACAUUGGAGGGUUUUCAAGCAUGAACUUAAGGUCUCAUGCCACAGUGUUUCAAUUGGGUUCAAGUCAUGACUUUGACUAGGCUACUCCAAAACUUAACUUUUGCUUUUUUGGAGCCAUUCAUAGGACUUACUCCUCUGCUUUGGAUUAUUGUCCUGCUGCAUAAUCCAGCCGCGGUUGAGAACCCUUCCCAGAAUGUAUUUCAAUCAGCUUCUUCCUCAUCAUUUCAGAAAUUUCUUUCACCUUUGGCAUAGUGUGUUACCAUCCAGGUGGAUGCUGCACAAUGGUGGUGGAUGAGGAGAUACCCUCUGACAAUGUAA